UUUUUUAUCCGUAGGAAUCAAAGACAGAUACAAUGAAGUUAGCAACUCAUGCAACCUGCUCAACCAACUAAGCUACCUCUUGGUCAAUAACUAAUAAGUUAAGUACAAUGCAACAUAGAUACAGAGUCGGGAAAUUCUUAAAAAUUCAAGAUAUUAUAUACAGCCUAAAUACAUUACCAUAAAUUAAAUAAACAUAUUUUAUAUAAAUGCACAAUAUAUCUGUACAAAGACAUUGAUAAUUUCUCAAUAAAACAUAAUGACAUCAGAGGAUGAUAAUCACAAAAAAAAUCAUAACAAAAAUCCCUAGUUAUAUAACUUUCUUUCUCUUGCCCGUAUCAGAACAAAAUCAUUUCUCCUAUGGAGAUGUUACAAAAAAUUACAUUUUUCCCAACUAAUGUCAAUAAAAAGGUGUCACUAAUCCUAUCAAAAGAAGCCUGGACUCUAUAAAACUGUCUACCUUUUACUAGCUUUAAGGAUAGAGAUGAAACGGAAUUCAUAGUAUCAAUCUCAUAUCCCAAACGCAUUGAUCAAUAAAAGUUAAAAAAAAACAAGGAAAACACUGUCAUGCUCAUAUUGGUAUCAAACAUGCGUCUGGCACUGAUCUUUGCCAUUUUCUUAGUAUCUGAGCUUCAUAGUUCACAUUUCAAGAAUCUAUGGCCAUCAUGAAGUUUUAUACACCAUGGAUCACCAAGAACAAAUACAUCUAUUCAAAAGAAGCCUAUAUAAUUGUCUAACAUUUACUAUAGAUCAGUGUUGUUAAAUGGCGGCCAUGGCGGCGCCAUGGCGGUUUUCCGUGGCGGAAUUUCGAAAAAACGCCACCGAAUAGCGGUGGCGUUGCGGGUUUGGGAUGGCGGCGCCAUGGCGGCCGCCAUAGCCAUGGCGGUCGUGGCGGGGUGGCGGAAAUGGCGGAAAUGGCGGAUUUCGUGGGUUUUUGUCCGCGGUAGGAGUUGGGCCGACCCGACCCAACCCUACCCGGCUAUUCUUUAAAUAAAAAACUUCAUCCUUACCUGCCUUCAGCCUACCCACGAACGAACCGCACGCGACUUCUACAGCUUACCCAGCCGCACGCACGAGAACCGCCGUGACGAGCCUACCUGCAGCCGCGACGACACCACCCAACAGCCUACCUGCAGCCGCGACACCACCCAGCCGCCGCGACACCACCCAGCCGCCGCCGCGACACCACCCCCUGCAGCACGCACGAACGGCGGCGACGAGCGAAGAAGAAGACCCCGGCAACGCACGAAGAAGAAGAAGACAGGAAGAAGACGAACGAAGAAGAAGAAGACGCGGUCUGCUUCUUUUUUUUUUUAAUUUUUUUUGGGCUUUUUGCUGUUUGACACCCCAUUUUUCUGUCUACAGCUUUUUUUUUUCCUUUUGCUAUUUGACACCCCUUUUUACUGUCAACAGUCUGUUUUUUUUUUUUUUCGUAUUUGACACCACAAUUUUUUUUUUUCUGUUCAGACCUCUUUUAAAUGGCUGAACCAUCAUCCGAUGCUGCUACUGCAAGUGCAACGAGGAAAAAUAAGGCAGACCCAGGCUGGAAAUAUUGCCAUUCACUAGUGGAAGGAGAUACAAACACCAUUGUUUGUAAUUUUUGUGGAAAAAUCACUAAGGGAGGAAUAACCCGAGCCAAACAACACCUGAUUGGGAAGUCGGGCAACGUUGCAGCUUGCAAGAAAACUCCCCCAAAUGUAAUCGAAGAGUUGAAGGAAUAUAUGGCUACAAAAAAAAGUGGGACCACUUACAGUACUUCUGGCAGUGGUAAUAUGGCAAAUAUAAGAGAUUUUGAAUUUGGUGAACCGAUUGGAUGUGAUGGAAGUGAAGAAGAUGAGUUUGCGGACUCUUGUAAUGCUGCUGCAAGUGCAAAGACAAAGUGUGGGACUAAAAAAGGACCAAUGGACAAAUUCUGUAAGAAUCCAGAAAAUGCAAUCAAUCGGAGAAAAAUGGAGAUGCUGAGGCAAAUGAACAUAAGAGAGUCAAUGGAUAAGAAUGAAGUAUUGAAGGUGCAUCAACAUAUUGCUCGCUUUUGGUACCAAGCAGGUUUGUCAUUCAACCUCAUUAAAUUGAAAAGCUUUGAGAACAUGGUUGCAGCCAUUGGUCAAUAUGGGCCACAUUUGCCCAUUCCUAGCUAUCAUGACAUCAGAGUUCCACUCUUGAAGAAGGAAGUUGAAUAUACUGAAAAUUUGAUGAAAGGCCAUAGGGAGCAAUGGGUCAAGUAUGGUUGUACUAUUAUGUCCGAUGCAUGGACUGAUCGGAAACAAAGAUGCAUCAUUAAUUUUUUGAUUAACUCUCAAGCUGGUACCAUGUUUUUGAAGUCUGUUGAUGGCUCUGAUUUUGUGAAGACAGAUGAAAAGCUUUUUGAGUUGCUUGAUGCCAUUGUGGAGGAAGUUGGAGAAGAGAAUGUUGUUCAAGUUGUAACCGAUAAUGGGAGCAACUAUGUUUUAGCGGGUAAGUUGUUGGAGGAGAAAAGGAAACAUAUUUAUUGGACUCCUUGUGCAGCUCAUUGUAUUGAUUUGAUGCUUGAAGAUAUUGGGAAGCUUCCCUUGAUAAGGAAGACCAUUAGAAGGGCAAUUAAUCUAGUUGGGUUUAUCUAUGCCCAUUCUAGUACCUUAAGUUUGUUGAGAAAUUUUACAAACAAGAGGGAAUUGGUGAGACAUGCUAUUACUAGAUUUGUCACUUCUUAUCUAACCUUGGAAAGGCUUCACAAAGAGAAAGCCAAUAUUAGAAAAAUGUUUACUUCUGAUGAAUGGACCUUGAACAAGCUAUCUAAGGAGCCUAAGGGAAAAGAAGCUGCAAAGGUAGUGCUCAUGCCUUCUUUUUGGAAUAGUGUGGUUUACACUCUUAAAGUCAUGGCUCCACUUGUGAAAGUGCUUCGUCUUGUGGAUGGUGAAAGGAAACCAGCCAUGGGCUAUAUUUAUGAAGCAAUGGACAAGGCAAAAGAAACAAUUAUGAAGUCUUUCAACAACAAUGAAAGCAAGUACAAAGAUGUGUUUGAAAUCAUUGAUAAAAGAUGGAAUUGUCAGCUUCAUAGGCCAUUGCAUGCAGCUGCCCACUUCUUAAAUCCAGAGUUCUUUUAUGACAACACUGACUUAGAGUUUGAUUUUGAGGUCACCAAUGGUUUGUUUGAGUGCAUUAAGAAGUUGAUUCCACAAUUUGAUGUGCAACAGAAAAUUCUAACCGAGUUGCAUCUUUACAAGAUUGGUGCUGACCACUUUGGUUCCGACUUUGCAAUGGCUCAAAGGAAAACCCAUUCUCCUACAUAUUGGUGGCGAAUGUUUGGGUCACAAACUCCAAAUUUGCAGAAGCUGGCUAUUAAGAUUUUGAGUUUGACUUGCAGUGCUUCAGGAUGUGAAAGAAAUUGGAGUGUGUUUGAGCAAAUUCAUUCCAAAAAAAGAAAUAGGCUUGAGCACAAGAGGUUGCAUGAUUUGGUGUUUGUCAAAUACAACCAACAAUUGAAGCAAAGAUAUAAUGCAUGAGAUGAAAUUGAUCCAAUUUCUCUUAAUGAUAUUGAUGUAUGCAAUGAAUGGCUCGUGGGAGAGAUGGAUCAAGAUGAUGAUAAUGAUGCUGGAAAUGAUUUGGUAUUUGAAGAUGAUGAUGCUCUAAAUUGGGCAACUGUGUAUCAGGCUUCGGGGGUUGGAGAGUGUAGGAUGUAUACUAGGCGGAAAAAGCAAAAAACAAGUGUUGCUGCUGCCCAAACUUCUAAAAAACAGGCAAUGGUUGUUGGAUCUUCAUCAAGGAAGCAAAAAGCAGUCCAAGAAAAUGAUGAGGAUCUAGAUGUUGAGGAGAAUAUUGAUGUUGAAUCUGAAGAAGAAGAAAUCAUGGUCAAUUUUGAGGCGUCUGAUGGGGAAGAGGGAGAGGGAGAUGCUCCAUUACCAUAUGAUAACAACGAAGAUGAUUAUGUUGGGAUUGGAGAAGAUGAUUAGAGCCUCAACCUUCACUUUGCACUUUGCAUUAUGUUUUUAUCAUUUUCUUAUUUUGAACUCUUUAAUGAGUUUA